AAGAGGAACGUAUGAUAACUCUUACUUAAUUAACUAUAAGAGUAAUGUUCGAAAAUGAAAAGUAUUUUUAUAAUUACGGUGCACCAGUAGAAGAUCAUAGAACAGGGCCCUGUACAACUGAUAAUUUCUUCUUUACUAUGUAAGGUUACAGUUUCCUAAUGUCAUCGGACACCUAUUUGUUAAAGUUUAUAUUAAACGUUACGAUAUAUUGACAAUACAAUUAAAGAAAAUAGUAAUAAUGCCGGAACGAAAACGCUUAAAUUAUGAAAAUAAAAUUAUACUGGCACCUAUGGUGCGUAUCGGCACGCUUCCUAUGCGCCUUCUUGCGCUCGAUUAUGGUGCUGACAUAGUAUACACAGAAGAACUAAUAGACUGGAAAUUACUACGAUCAUUUCGUCGUGUAAAUGAUGUUUUGGGAACAGUUGAUUACAUUGACAAAACAGAUGGCACAGUGACAUUUCGUACCUGUGCCAGAGAAAGGGAUAAAGUGGUCUUACAAAUUGGUACUUGCGAUGCAACCAGAGCUCUAAAAGUGGGCAAAAUGGUAGAGCAAGAUGUUGCUGGUAUAGACCUUAACAUGGGCUGCCCUAAAUUAUUUUCCAUGCUGGGGAAAAUGGGUGCAGCUCUUCUUCAGGAACCAGAGAUAGCAGCAAAUAUUCUGAGAACAUUAGUCGACAAUUUGAACAUUCCAGUAACAUGUAAGAUUCGUGUACUGCCAGAUCUACAAAAAACCAUAGAACUUUGUGAGCAUUUGGCAUCCACUGGUAUAUCAGCCAUAGCAGUUCACGGUCGAACAGUUAACGAAAGACCACAACAUCCAAAUCGUAAUGAAGUAUUGAAAACAAUUUCCAGUAAACUUACAAUACCGGUUAUAGCAAAUGGAGGCUCAAAAGAAAUACAGACAUAUUUUGACAUAUUGAAAUUUAAAGGAGUAACUGGAUGCAGCAGUGUUAUGCUUGCACGCGCAGCAGAAUGGAAUUGUUCUAUAUUUUGCAAAGAAGGUUUACUAUCAAUGGAAGAUGUAAUAAAGGCAUAUAUAAAGUAUGCCGUAGAUUGUGACAAUUCACCUUCUAAUACCAAAUAUUGUAUACAGAAUAUCCUUCGUGAACAGCAGGAGUCACCGUUGGGUAAAAGAUUUCUAAAUUCUCAAACGCUGGAGCAAAUAUGUGACAUUUGGGAACUAAGCGAUUAUUGUCGUACAAAGAGGAAAGAGUUUGAAGAGAAAGGUUUGCUAGGCAGAUCUCAAGUUUCACCUAUGAGAGAGGAUGAAACGCAUAACGAAGAUCAGACGUGUAAUAAAAGAAAGCUCACGGAAGAAGAGGAUAUAAUUUUAAUGCAUUGCGCAUUUUUAAGAAAUAAUUAUGCAUCGGAUCUUCAAUUACCGAAAACUAUUUUACAUAAAUGGGCACAAACUCAAAGAAAAAAGAUGCCGCAGUACGAGACUCAGCAAAAGGGAAAACUCUUUCGUUCUGUCAUCACGGUGGACGGAAGAAGGUACGGAUCAUCCUUUUGGGAGAAAAACAAAAAGUGGGCAGAGCAAGGAGCUGCAUUAGUUUGCCUAUUUUCUCUGGGCCUAGUCAAUGAAAAAACUAUUGCUACAACUGGAAGUGCUCCUUCCUGAUAAAUCGAAAUUGGAAACUCAGUAUCUUUAUAAAUCUUUUGCAUCGGUUUGUAAAACUCACAGACAUUUCAUAAUGGUUUCGUUAUCAGUGCAAGAACUUUUCUGUUACAUUAUGCUGUAAUGUUUAUAUUUAUUAAUAAAAAAGAAAUAGAUCAAAGAUAUAUUAAA